AUGAAAUUACGGCCAAGCUCCAGUGCAAUGGGCAUGGAAGAACCGAUGGCCCCAUGUGGAGGUCCAAAUAUUUUGGAAAAAUUGGUCCUCACAAAAAGAAUAGACAUUUUGAGGGGACUAACUUUGAAUCUCCCAGACAGUCAAUACCAGUUUGGGGUGAAAAGUCAUAUCAGUGUUAGAACAAUUUUAGUAGGAAAAGUGAAAAUGCCUCCUGUACAGAUUCCUGCUGCUACUAAAUUAAUGACUAUGAAACAGUAUAGAAUUCUAGGAGGACAUGAGGAGAUAUCACAGACAAUUAAGGAUUUAUUAGAUACAGGAGUAUUGAAACCAGUUACCACAGCUUGGAACAGUCUGGUAUGGCCUGUCAAGAAAAGUGAUGGGUCACGUAGAAGGACAGUAGAUUUUAGGGAAUUAAAUAAGCACACCCCACUGCUUACAGCAGCUGUACCAGAUACUAUUAUUUUAAUAGAAAAGGUUCAAAAGCAUCCAGGGACUUGGUAUACUGUAAUAGAUUUAGCUACCACCUUUUUCACUAUCCCAGUUGCAGAGGAGCAUUGGGACCAAUUUGCCUUCACCUGGCAGGGACGACAGUAUACCUUUACCAGAUUGCCUCAGGGAUGGCUGCAUAGUCCAACCAUUUGCCAGCGGACAGUGGCUGAGCAUCUGGAUAAGAUAAAACUGCCUCCUCAUAUGCAAAUAGUGCAUUAUAUUGAUGAUAUCCUAAUUCAGGGAAACGAUGAGAUGGAAGUGCAACAAAUACUUGAACAGGUGGUGGAUCAUAUGAGACAGGAAGAUUGGGAAAUUAACCCUAACAAGAUUCAAGAACCAUCCCAAACAGUAAAAUUUUUAGGAAUUCAAUGGCAUUGUGGACAUCAGGAAAAAUUACUCAAAGCUCUACAGAAAAUUUUUGAUUUUGCAGUACCACAAAAUAAAAAUGAGGCACAGAGAAUUAUUGGAUUGUUUGGCUUUCGGCGGCAGCAUAUUCUCCAUUUAGGACAGAUUCUGACUCCUUUGUAUAAAGUGACAAGGAAAAAAUACAAGUUUGAAUGGGGGAAUGAACAGCAAGCUGCUUUUGAGUCAGCAAAGGAAGCUAUUCAAAAGGCCCUAGAUUUCUGGCCAGUGCAAGAGGGAGAAGUGGAGUUAAAUGUGUCAGUAAAUGGAUUACAUGUCAAUUGGAGCCUAUGGCAAGAACAGGGAAAGAAAAAGGUUCCUUUAGGUUUUUCGGGAUGAAAGCUGCCAGAGGCAGGAAACAAUUAUACACCUUUUGAGAGACAACUAUUAGCAUGUUAUUGUGCAUUGGUAGAAACAGAACAGCUUACAAUAGGACAUGAAGUGUCCCUUCAUCCUGAAAUUCCUAUCAUGCAAUGGGUUAAAAGCUCUCCUAAAACCCAUCGAAUUGGGCAUGCUCAAGAAUCGAGUAUCAUAAAGUGGAAAUGGUAUAUUCAGGAUAGGGCCAAGGCUCUCCACGAGAAAGUAGCUACUGCCCCCACAGGUGAUCAAGUAAUGAACCCCCAUUUCACAGUUGAACGGGAAUCCCCAGUACGAUGGGGAAAAGCUUUAGACCAAUUGACACCCUUUGAAAAGGAACAUGCUUGGUUGACUGAUGGAUCAGCUAAGUAUAUAGGAGGGAAGAGGUUUUGGAAAGCAGUAGCUUACUAUCCCCAGCUAGAAAAAUUUUUAGAAACUAUGGGAGAAGGGAAAAGCAGCCAAUAUGAUUAAUUAUAUGCUGCUUAUACGGCCUUGAAACAAGAAAAUCUAGGAGAAUGUCAUUUACAUACUGACUCCUGGUCAGUAGCUAAUGGGUUAGCUACUUGGCUGCCAACAUGGAUAGCCAAAGAUUGGAAAAUAUACUCCAAAGAAGUCUGGGGAAAGGAAUUGUGGAAGGAUAUUUGGGAAAUAAUACAGAGGACUAAGGUGACUGUGCUUCAUGUUGAUGUUCAUAGUAACAUGGACACUUUAGAACGACUUUAUAACUCUGUUGUAGACAAGUGGGCAAAGAUUUCCCAAGCUGGAUUAGAAUUCUCUCAGAAGAAGGAUCAUGAAGGCUUGAUUCAAACUGACAAUGGGUCUCAUUUUCAAAACAAAUUUGUCCAACAGUAUGCUGAGCAGCAAAAUAUUCAGUGGGUUUUUCAUAUACUGUACUAUCCACAAGCUGCAGGAUUGAUUGAACGAAUGAAUGGGUUGUUGAAAGAGCAGUUGAAGAGGCUAGGAGAUGGGAACCUAUCCGAGUGGAAAACUCAUCUCACAGAUGUGCUACAUAUCCUUAACAAUAGGCCCACUGGGGAAAUGGAAACCCCUUUGAUGAUCAUGAAUACACCCAGUUUGCAAAUAAAACCUCUGACAGUAAGUGAGACUUUAACUUACUGGGAAAUUGUUCCGGGUGCGAUGGCCCCUUACCGGGCCACUCCAGAGGCUGCAGGGCUAGAUCUCUAUGCAUUAGAAUUGAUCAGGAUGAACCAAAAACAGAUGAGAGUUAUCAAUACUGGAACAGGAAUUCAAAUUCCUCCAGGACACUUUGGUUUGAUAACUGCUCAUUCAAGCCUAGCCUUGAAAAGUAUUCAUGUCAUGGGAGGAGUGAUUGAUGUAUAUUAUCAAGGAGAAAUUAAAGUAAUUCUGUUAAACAAUGUUGAACAAGAUUUGAUUAUUCAUACCCAUGACAGAAUAGCACAAUUAUUGACAUUGCCAGUUUUGAAAGCAAUUGUGAAAUAA